GAUAAAGCCUAUUCUCUCGCCGCCUCUCCAUCCCCUGUUUCUAGCUGCGGCGGCGUCGCGAGAAGCUUCGCCCUCAUCUCCAUCUCGGGGUUCGCCGGAGUGGUGGAAAUAAUAGGAGCUCAGAUGGCCCAUCCGAGUGCCUUUCGUGGAGACGAGACGGAUCGGUCCCAAGAUUCGAGCGGGCGGCGUCUUUAUAAUCCCUACCAGGACCUGCAGAUUCCCUACCGCACCCUCUACGAGAUCCCGACCUCGCCGGAGUUCCUCUUCCAGGAGGAGUCCCACGCCCAGCGCCGCUCCUGGGGCGAGAACCUCACCUACUACACCGGCAUAGGGUACCUCGCUGGAUCCGGCGCCGGCGCCUCCAUCGGCCUCCGUCGCGCCGUCCUCUCCGCCGAGCCAGGGGAUACCCUCAAGAUCCGGGCCAACCGCAUCCUGAACUCCUGUGGUCAGGACGGCCGUCGGAUCGGCAACCGCGUAGGCGUCAUCUGCCUCAUGUACGCGGGGUUGGAGAGCGGGAUGGUGGCUUCGAGGGAUACGGACGACUGGGUCAACAGCGUAGUCGCCGGGCUCGGUACCGGUGCCCUAUUCAAGGCUGCUAAUGGUCCCCGAUCGGCAGCAGUUGCUGGUGCCAUCGGAGGCUUGAUGGUUGGAGCUGCUUUCGCUGGCAAACAGGUUUUGAAAAGAUAUGUUCCUAUCUAAGGUUCUAUCUCUUCCUUCCUCUCGCUUUUAGAUAUUUGAGCCCUGAAUUAUGGAUGAAUCUGUGAUAUUUUUCCUCAAUUUUGACCCAAACACAUAACGUAAAUGGCCGGAGGGUCGUAGACAUUUUUCCCCCAAUAGUCUUUGGUAAAACAGUCCAGUCAUAUGAUCUGGAGUAACUUUUGGAAUUUGUAAAGUUUGUCAUCUGGUUUCUGUAUCGUGAAUUAGGAGCUUGAUCAGUCUAUGUUUGCCUUUUCUUUAUAGUAAAUUAGAAUGGGAGAAUAGCAUCUGAUAUCCUGCAUCCAAGUCUGUAUCCUUCAAUAUGUUCAAUUCCUAUGAAUUUGCAAUAACAAUGUUUCAAAUAGUUGAUAUGUGAGCCAUUAAAAAUAUCAAUUGUUUAGGUCGAAGAUGCUGCUUAAUAUAUGUAGAACAAAGUAAUAUUGUGAGCCACAGAGUAUGAAACACAUAGUAUUAGCAAUCUAUAUGAAUCAACAAUUUAGAACAUAUCACAUAUAUAACAUGCAUAUAACUGAAUGCAUACAAAGCAAGUAUUUAAUUAACACUUAUAAGCUAACCAUCCUUCUAAAUAUUUCACAAUCACAAGAACUAAUUCUCUGAGAAGAAAAACAAUACAAAUAUGUUAUUUGAAAAAGUUUUAAAGCAAGUAUGAAUUGGUUUUAAAUGGUCAAGAAGAAGUAUAAUUCCAAUUUUAAUGGCAUCAAUGGCUGCUUGGCCCUGCAUAUUGAAAUCAACUGCAUAUAUAGGUGAUUACAUAUGCUAUAUGUGAUAUUUGCUGCCUUGCCAAACACCUAGGCGGUCGUCUAAUCUUACAUUUAAAACAAUCAUCUAAAAGACACCACAUAUGAUGUGUGAUGUGUUCCCUGGUACAAAUGUUUAGGCAGCUCAUAUAAUGCAUUCUAAAACCAUGUUGACUUAUAUUUUGUUAUGGUUCAUGCAUUGUUUUGUUCCAUCUUUAAUGUUCAGUUAUUUUGGAGCUGGGAGGUACCAGUUCACGUUGUUCUUCAUUUGUCAUGAAGAACCAUCACCUUCUGCUAAACUGCAGAAGAUCAUUUUUGGAGCAGUUUAAGACUAGUUUUCAGUCAGUAUCUUCUACGAUACAUGUUGAUAAUUUUAUCUUAUCAUUUUUAAAUUUUAACAAACAAUUACUAGUUUUAUUUUUGUGCUUAAAGUUCCAUGUAACCUGUAAUGACAUCUCUUAUUUGUGGAUUUUGUGACAUGUAGUGCUUUAUUAGACGACCUAACUGGAUUAUUUAUCGUUCUGAAAUUGAUCUUUACUAAUCGAAUGAGUCUUCUCCAUUUUUGCUUGCAUUUUUCUGUCCUCCCAUCCAAUGUUCCUCAUUGAAGCUUCUACUAUGUGGCAUUCUGUUUUGAUUUUCUAUUUUAUGAAGUUGUGGUUCAUGGGACAAUUUCAUUCUUCAACUAUAUUCGGCAAGUACUAGAUGAUUAUUCAGUUGUUUGUCCUUCAAAUUUUAGGGUUAUAUUUAAUUGGCCCACUUUUGUUCAUUUGUUGGGAUGGCAAAUUAUUUUUUGAGUGAUGCUUUGUUUAAUCAAUUUUACAAAUGAGAAAGAUGGAUUAUGUGGAAUUUGAUUGUUUUGUAGUUUGUUAUAAGA